AAAGCUCUAGUAUCGCGUUUUCUAUUUACCUCACGCAAGCAUUUCGAAUGAGUAUUGAAUGGCGAAUGGAGAGCGACUGGGAUAAACAUGGGCAAAUCUAUGAACUGUUUGCGACUAAAUGAUAAAUAGUUUAACAUGAAGUCUUAUUUAACAAUUAUUCACUAUUCGGUGAAUUGAUAAGCUCAUAAUUCAGUUUAAUAGUCAAGUCAUUUACUUAGCAAGCUAACUCUCGUGGGCACCAAUGAGGCGAAACGCGCUUAAAAAGACGCAAGUGUUCCGUUAUUCGGUUUAGUUUGGGAUCUGUCCGUUUUUCGUUUCGUUUAUCUCCGGCUAUAUUUAUCUUGAAUAUCAGAAGAGGCCUGUGAAUGGAUCCAACGCGUUUGCCUGAAAGUCUUGCGGGAUCUGGAGGACAUUUAGCGGAGGAGAAGACAGUAGAUGAUCGUGUAGCGGUGACUGAUAAUGGCCGAGAAGCUGAUGGGGAAUCGGAAAAAACUGAAGAAACUGAAUUGGAGAACAAAAACUUAAACUGUCACGAGGAAAGAAGGGUCAAUGGAGAACUGACUGAAGAGGAAUUAGAUCCCAGAAUUCAGGAGGAACUUGAGCAUCUAAAUGAGGCCAGUGUUGAGAUCAAUAAGCUGGAACUGGAGCUGCAAGAGGUCCGAUCCAGCCACAGAAGGAUAAUGAAUGAAUCUGUGCUUAAAAUCAAAGCGAAGAGUUCUGAACUGGGGUCCUGUAUCGAGAAGGCCCGGCCUUACUAUGAAGCACGGAAAAAAGCAAAAGAGGCCCAGCAGGAGACCCAAAAAGCUGCGCUCAGAUUUGAGAGAGCCGUCUCUUUGCAUGUGGCUGCUCGGGAUAUGGUCCACGUGGCUGAACAGGGCCUCACCACUGUUAAAACACUGGAUCCAGCAUGGCAAGAGAUGCUGAAUAAUGCCACAUCAAAGGUGAACGAGGCAGAGGACGAGCGUGUUAAAAGCGAACGCGAGCACAUGCGGGUCACUCAGCUGUGUCAGGAGGCCGAGGCUCAUGUGCAGGAGCUGCAGAAGUCACUCAAGAGAACCAUUGCGAAGUCCAAGCCUUAUUUUGAGCUCAAGAACCAGUUUGACGAAAUGCUGGAGGAGCACAAGUCAAAGAUUUUAGAGCUAGAGGAACAGAUUUCCAAAGCCAAGAUAAACUAUUCCAACACCUUGCGGCACCUGGAAAAAAUAAGCGAGGAGAUUCAUGCCCAGAGGGUGCAGGACCAACCAAAGGAUGAACCAAUCAAAGCAUGCGGUGGGCGGAGUCCUCCUGUAGGAGCAGAGACAAUAAACAGCACAGGUACUGAAGGCGGAGCCUGUGGAGACCACCCCAGUCCAAAUGAUUUGCUGGAUGGGAAAGAAGGCGUGGCUAAUGCUGUGGAAUGGGUGGAGACACAUAAUACCUCCAGGUGGGGAGACAUGGGAAGAGCUGAGGUACAGAGAUCUGGUUCGGACUCUCUUUCCAUCGUCAGCUUGCAGACCGUCAACUCGGAUCUUGAAAAGUGCGACUCGGUUGAACACGUGGGUCAACUUAGCAGUGAUGUUAGUUAUUCAGGUGAAGAGGGCGAAAGAGACGGGUUGGAGAGAGGUGAGGGGCGGGCGAGACACAAAAGCGUCGACAUUUCAGAGGAGUUUCUCAAGCAACACAACAGAAGCGUCAGUUUGUGAGCGUACAUCAGUAAUGUUUUAUUGUUUAUGUAGAUGAAGACCUUUUGUUUUCUAACUUGAUUUGCAAGUUGUGUUAUUUAUUAUUUGACAUUUUGUAUAAAUACUUGAAAAGGAGAAAGACCAAAUACAAUGAAAGAGUUUUUAUAUUAUAAAAUAUCUUUUGUGCCUUUGAGCAUCUUAAGUGGUAAAUAAUAAAUGAUGGUGUUUUUAGUUAAUAAAAGCACUAUUAAUGCUUUUAUUAGCUUUAUCAAAAAUGUUACACAUAAGAUACCAUUUUAAUCCUAAAAAGCACCAAGCGAUUUCCUAUGCAAAUGUGUAAAAUACUCUUAUGAAGUCUUAAAGGGACACUCCACUUUUUUUGAAAAUAGGCUCAUUUUCCAGCUCCCCUAGAGUUAAACAUUUGAUUUUUACAGUUUUGGAAUCCAUUUAGCUGAUCUCUAGGUCUGGCGCUACCACUUUUAGCAUAGCUUAGCAUAAUCCAUUGAAUCUGAUUAGACCAUUAGCAUCUUGCUCAAAAAUAACCAAAGAGUUAUUUUUCUUAUUUAAAACUUGACUCUUCUGUAGUUACAUCGUGUCCGACAGAAGACCGACAGAAAAUUAAAAGUUGUGAUUUUCUAUGCAGAUAUGUCUAGUAACUAUACUCUCAUUCUGGUGUAAUAAUCAAGAACUUUGCUGCCGUAACAUGGCUGAAACAGGCGCAAUGAUAUUACGCAGCAGCCGAAAAUAGUCCCCUGCUAUUGAAAGUUACCAAGGUGACUAUUUACCAUCGCUCUUAGUACACAAUGUAACUACAGAAGAGUCAUGUUUUAAAUAGGAAAAAUAUCGAAAAUCUUUUUCAUUUUUGAGCGAGAUGCUAAUGGUCUAAUCAGAUUCAAUGGAUUAUGCUAAGCUAUGCUAAAAGUGGUACCGCCAGACCCGGAGAUCAGCUGAAUGGAUUUCAAAACAGUAAAACUCAAAUGUUUAACUCUAGGGGAGCUGGAAAAUAAGCAUAUUUUAAAAAAAGUGUCCCUUUAAUAACUGACAUUAAUAUAACUGAAAACAUUUUCAUUUAGAAAAGAUGGUACUGCCUGCACGUGAACUAUUGUUAACGUACUUGUACGUUUUUAUUCUAAUGAACAUUGCCUCAUAUUUUUUUUAUUUCAAUUUCAAAUGACAUUCCUAUUUUGGUCUUAUGCUUUGGCUGCACAUUUUAUCCCAACUGACACACACUAACAUAUUUUUGUGUAGUGUACUUCGCUAAGCAUGCAUCAGAUGUGCUUUAUGUUUAUAGUGUGGUCUUGACUUUUCGAUCAAGAGGUUUUAUUAGAACCGUUAUGCUGAUUUUGUGCAAUCAGAAAGAUGAAGUGCUGAAUAUUUUUUAUUUUUGAUGCAGGUUUUGAAAUACACCUGCCAUGGCUGUGUACGACAAUCACUUUUCUAUUUUUCAGAAUUGAAUGUUCGUUGUAAGUAUCAAGCGAUUCAAGUAUGAUAUGAAACUUUCCCCCCAUUAUCUCAUGUUUUUUAUGUGUGCUUUAUAUUGUUGACUCUCUGUGGGAGCAUCAGAUGUGUUUUAUUAUUGUUCUGUAUGAUGAUGUGCACACCAGUGACGUUUGACUGAACAAUAAAUUCAUAUCAUCUUAAAAAA